GAAACAGUCCAAACACUGUGCGUGUUUAUAACAGGUGAACUUGGUUUAAACGUAUAACUCGUGUAACACUUGUCGUUAGAAGGAGGCUUUGUCGUUUGAUAUAACAAGAUUGAGCUGAGUCAUGGAAUCAGAAACGUGCGAUCAAAUUUGUAAGAACUAUAACGAAUUUUUCUAUGCAACCAUGUGUCACGUUUGCAAACGGUUUGGUGACGACGUGCGUUUAACUGAGUGUGGCGGUUGCACUUUGAUCCGCUAUUGUGGUCCGGAGCAUCGGAAACACCACUGGCAGGAGCACAAAUCUCUAUGCAUCGCCGUACCGGACGUACUGCGUACAAACCAUUUGGAUGAUCGUGGUGCACCUUCGACGCAGUGGGCCGAUAAGAAAAUGACCAUGAUGGGACUAGUGGAAACGACGCUAGGACGUACGUUGGAAACAUACGAGAAAGAGAUGUUCCUGUUUCCAAGAGAGUGUGCCGUCUGCCAGGGUAUGGAUCAGCAAUGGUUGCAGGAUUGUCCGAACUGCGCUGCCAGCUACUGCAAAGAUCACGUAGACAAUAUUCGGCACGAGGACAUCUGCGCGCGUCUAGGAUUAUGUCUUCGUUUUGAGUUAUUAUACGGGAAAACGGACGAUCUGGAAGUGCGUUAUCCGCAACAAGUUACCUGCACGAGUACAUUCCUGGACAUGAAGGACUUUCUAAACACUUACGUGGAUCUUCCCACUGAUUCGGGAUUGUCAUACGAUAUCGUAGAGGCUGCACACUCGCAGCAUCUGACACGUCCCUUAACACUGUUUCAUGCUAUGCGAUUGUUAGAGUAUGUUCCAAAAAACAAAAGACUAGUUAUUCAUGUUGUAGGCGCGAAUAUGAUGGAAGAGAUUACCUGGCCUGCGUGGCAAAUCUUGAUGGCUUUAUUAGACUUAACAUUUCUGCUGGUUGUAAUGAUAGGGCCGGAAUUACGUAGCUGUACUGUACUCCGCAAUCGUUGUAAGUUGGGACAGAAAGAAUGUGCGUAUGCGUGUUAUAAACAGUUGUAUGAGAACUACGUGCGCUCUCAGUUAUUCGAGAAACCGGACGUGAUCGUAGGAUUUAAUGCAAAUAUUCAGCAAUAUGAACUUGAGUCUCCUAGGGAAACGUGGGCGCCGUCCAUGCGGGUACUGGCGGAACAAAAUUGUCCUUUCAUUUUAACGGGUUACACGCAGUUGCAUUUGGAAAGCGAUAUGGAAAGAAUGAACAGCAUUUUGAAUAGGAAUAUAGAAUGUCCUUCUAGCGUAAAGAAUCUAUUCGCUAGUUUAAAACCGCACAGAAGUUCCUGGCCAGACAACGUAGUUUAUGACAAUCAAUAUAUGAUCCUUCACAGGCGGAGUCUUUGUCCGUAACUAAUUGUAAACGUAAUUUAAGCUAUUGACACAAACUAAAUACUGUAAUUGACGAGGAAAAUGUAGCGCGAAACGAAAGACACGAAUUAAAUAUAGCUUUAGUACGUUUAAUAGACGUAACGAAUAACGUGGAGAAAAUUUUGUACGAACAGUCACCGUGAAGCUCUGUGUCUCUUUACGAGACAAAGAAACUGAGAUUUGACAUUCCUCAGAAAACUUGCAUAUUUAUAUUCUAUAUAUCCUAUUGUGUGUACUUACUUUCCCUAUUCAUACUUGUAGAAUCAAUUGUGUUCGGUAACAGCAGAACAUAAUGAAUUAUAAAUAUUAUAGAGUAAUAGAUUAUAUAUGAAUUAUAAAUAUGAUAGUUAUUGAUUCGUGGA